UUCAAAGAAGUCUCGAGAAUUCAAAAAUGGAGUUCUCUGCUGAAAGUGCUAAAAGUCUCGAAGAACUUUUGAGUGCGAAGCAACUACAACAUAUAUUGGAUAGGCUUGCCAAAUCUGGAGCUCAGCUUGUUAGCUAUGAUCUCAAAUCGGCAACCGAGGGUAUCGCAGGGUUCCUCGGGGAUCACUUAAGGCUGACGCUUCACGUGAAGGAGGACUUUGUAAGGAAGAUACACUUGUUCGUUAAAUCCAUACCCAUGAGUAAUCAGCCGAAGGCUGAAUUUAUUACGCAAAAUCAGUUUAAUAAGAGGGAAGCUUUAAUGUUCAAAUUGUUUGAAGAGAUGGAGGGGAUGGAGGGGACGGAGGAUCCAAACCCCUGGCGACCGAAAGCUUAUAUUUACUCUGAAAACAUAUUAGUGAUGCCCGAUCUCUGCGCGGAAGGAUACAAAUCGUUUCCUGCUAAGAAAUAUUUAGAUAAAAAUCACGUAAUGGUCGCCGUAACAUCCAUCGCUCGCUUUCAUGCAGCCUUCUUCAACUAUAUUACAAAGAAAACUGCCAAUGGAAAGCGAUCAUACCACUUUCUAGAUGAUUGUAGUCAUAUUAUGACAGAACCGAUAUUUAUCGACUCGCCGUGGUUACACACAGCUGCAAAAUUAACGAGCAAAUUUCUAAAAGAACUGUCAAUAAAUUCUAAAAAGUAUCCAGACGAUUUGGAGGGACGAUUAGUUGAAUUUUAUAUUAAGACAUGUGAAAGUUUAAAAGUAUACGAAGACACUUUAAAUGUCAUCAUACAUAAGGAUUUAUGGAUAAAUAACAUCUUGUUUCGUUAUAAUGGAGAUCUCGUCACGAAUGCUGUGCUUGUAGAUUAUCAGUGUACGCGUUUUGCUCCACCGGCCUUCGACGUCAUGGCGUUUUUAUACCUAACUACGUCGAGAAAAUUUCGCGAGUGUUACGAAAAUGAAGUAUUGCGGCAUUAUUACUCAGUUUUUUUUCAAUCCUUAGAUAAUAAUUCAAAACUAAGGAUGGAGAGCUUUAAAUAUAAUCUUGAUAGUUUCCUGGAUUGGUGCGAGAAGGCAAGAAUGUUUGGUAUGGUGGAAGCGGCGGCGAUUUUUCCUUACAUUCUAAUGGAUCCGGUUAAAGCGCAGAAAACCUUCGAUAAUCCUGAAACCUACAUGGAAUAUAUGGUAGAAGACCGAUCAGGUCCAGUGAUAGAACAUGCUAGAGAAAACGAUUCCUAUAGAAACAAACAAUUGGAACUUUACGAAGAAUUAGUUGAAAAAUACAUUUAAUUCAUUAAUAUAUCAAA